AACGAAGAUGAAUGUAAAGUUUUAUUUUAUUUUUUUAACCAAGAAAGAGCAUCGAUAUUAUUCAACAAAAAGGAAAAUCUAUUGAAAGGAGACAUAAUAUUAUUUCAGGGAAAAGUUUUAUGCCCUGUCGUGCAAUUAAAACAGGUUUCCUGGAAAAUACCUUCUAAGAAAUGACGUGUUAAACUCAUAUCAAAAGAAAGAGCGCAGUGAAUCACGUAUGUAGAUGUUUACUUGAACGAGUUUUCAACGAAUUAUCAUUGAAAUCUUACAUUCAAAUUCAUCAAAGAAUUGAAUUUCAAAUGUCUGAGGAACAAGGAGGUAGAGGGAGGGGUAAAAAACGUGGAAAGGGCCGUCGUGGAAAAGGACGUGGACGAGGAGGUGGGCAAAGUGAAAGCAGUGCCCCUGGUGGUCUACAGCAGCAUGGAGAGGAGGAGAGAGGGGCAACUGCUUUGUCUGUGAACGACAGCAGGGACAGAGGAGCACAGACUCCUAAGAAACAUGCGGAAAGACAAGAGCAUGGAGGAACCCAACCUGCUUCGCAAGAACAUGGUAGAGGGCCAUUGGGCACAGCUUCCCACACACAACCACAACAACAGCACCAGAAACAACAAAAACGGCAGCCACAAAAACAACAACCAAAGCAACCAGAUACAACUGAUGGUGGGUCUCCAAACAAGCCUGGAGAAGAUCAACCACCCUUGAGAGCCCACGGUGGUGCAACACCUAAAACCACACCAGUAACCCCUCAGCAACAACCAUCCAAGACACCCCCACCUAGCCAACCAGCGGGCAAACCACAACCUCAAGCAGCUCAACCAAAGAUCCAUGCCCCACAACAACCGACUGGUCCACCUCGUUCUGAGAAAGGUGAGCUGCGACCACCACUCCGACCUGAUAAAGGUGGCACGGUUGGUCGACCGAUUCGUCUCAGAGUAAACUUCCUACCAGUACAGUUGCCAAAAAAUGAUAUCCACCACUAUGACACUUCUAUAAAACCAAAUUUCAAAACGAAUGGUGAUGGUUACACCAAAACUGAAGCACCAAAGAUAAUAGAGAGUAUUGUCAAACAGUACGAGACUGCUAAUCCGAGCGGGCCCAAACUUGUUUACGACAAGGACGGAAAGAAUAUGUAUUGCCGCACGCCAAUUCCAGGAAUUGGGAAAGACAAACGAGAAUUUAAAAUUAAAUUCAUAACGGAUACUGGCAAAGAACGAGAGUAUACGGUUGCAAUCCAAUGGGCAGCUCAGGUAAGCCUCUAUGAUCUCAACGAAGCUCUAGAGGGUAGGUUGACUGAGAUACCCAGAAACACCAUGCAAGCUAUACAGACUGUUCUCAGAUUCCUACCAUCAAUGACCAAUAUCCCUGUGGGGCCAUCAUUCUUCAGUUUCCCAGAUGGAAAUGAGAUGGACCUUGGUCUUGGACUGCAAAUGUGGAAUGGUCGUUUUGUCAGCAUUCGUCCGACCCAAUGGAAAAUGAUGUUGAACGUCGACACAAGUUCCACUGCCUUUUACAAAUCACAACCGGUUCUUCACUUUAUGUGCGAUUACCUGAAUCUUCGGAACAUCCCAGCCAGACUUAACAAGGGUCAAGCUAAGCUGUUUCGGAAAGAGAUGAAAACUAUUAAGAUUGAGACAACCCAUGUCAAGAGAAAACAAAGGGUCAGUGGCCUUUCUGAGAGAUCUGCCAUAGAAUCAAAGUUUCCUUUGAGUGGCAAAAUGAUCAGCGUUUUUGAUUAUUUCAAAACCCAGUAUAACAUCACUCUGAAGUACCCUGACCUGCCUUGCUUAAAGAUCGGCGCCAAAGGUAAUCUUCUUCCAAUGGAAGUGUGUAAUAUUAUGCAAGGUCAGCGACGUCAGGGCAAAUUAACAGCAGACCAGACACGAGAAAUGAUCCGUCACACGGCCAUACCAGCUCCUCGACGCCAACAGGAGAUCCAAAGGGUGAUUAGAGAAGCUAAAUAUGACCAGGACCCGUACUGUCGGGAUUUUGGUAUCAAGGUUGGAACGGAAAUGGUAGCUGUGCAAGGCCGUGUACUAGAACCCCCUCUCCUGAACUAUGGUCCAGCUAGUCAACCAACCCGCGAAAAACCGAAAGAUGGUGCUUGGAAUAUGCAAAACAAAGCGAUGUUUGAACCGAAAGAAUUGAAAGAAUGGGCACUCGUGUCGUACGAAAAUCCACAAUUCUUCGACGAACGCGCGAUUGACAACUUCAUCAACAGGCUUGUCAUGGCUGGCAAAGAGAAACACCUCCUUAUUCACCCAUCACCCUGUCAAAAAUUAAUAAAACGUGGCUACGAUGGCAUCGGAUAUCUUUUUGGCCAGCUUCACAAAGAUUAUCCCAACCUUCAACUUAUCGUCGUCGUUUUUCCCGGUAGAGGAAGCACGGAUGAAUAUUAUGAGGAGGUAAAGCAUUACGGAGAUGUUGAAUAUGGCAUUCGCACCCAGUGCGUGAAGUCGAAAAACGCAAAGAAAGCCGAUAUGCAGACGAUGGCGAACAUCUGCCUCAAGAUCAAUGCCAAACUCGGUGGAACAACUGCUGUUAUAGAUAAAGGUAUUCGCUCCCCGAUUCUCAAACGCCCCGUUAUCAUCUUCGGCGCUGACGUCACCCAUCCCUCGCCACGUGACUCGACCACGCCCUCGAUUGCUGCGGUCGUAGCGAGCAUGGACUCCCAUCCCAACCUCUACAGCGCUGAGGUACGCAUUCAGAAACAUCGUCUUGAGAUCAUCGCCGAGUUAAAGGAAAUGGUUGUGAUCUUACUUAAGAAAUUCCGAGCGUCUACAAAAGUCGCGCCAGAGAAGAUUAUAUUCUAUCGAGAUGGUGUCAGUGAGGGACAGUUCAGAGAUGUGCUCAUUCAUGAACUACAAGCUUUCCAACAGGCCUGCAGGGAACUUCAUCGAGAUUACAAACCCCAAAUCACCUUCAUCGUUGUUCAGAAGCGACAUCACGCUAGAUUCUUCGCUGAAGAUACACGAGAUCAACGUGGAAAGAGCAAGAAUGUACCCGCCGGGACGGUGGUCGACACCCAGGUUUGCCACCCGUACGAGUUCGACUGGUACCUCUGCAGUCACGCUGGUAUCCAAGGUACCAGUAAACCAGCACAUUACCACGUCCUGUACGACGACAGCAACUUCAAGUCCGACGACCUGCAGAUCCUGACCAACCAGUUGUGUCACACCUAUGUGCGCUGUGCCAGGUCAGUGUCCAUCCCUGCUCCCGCCUACUACGCCCACCACGUGGCAUUUCGAGCCCGCUACCACCUCAGUGAGGUCGACCGUGGGAGCAGUGAUGGAAGUUCAGCCUCUGGAGGUGAGGGGGUCACCCUGGAUAAAAGUAAAAUGAUUCAAGCUAUAAAAAUCCACGAUAAAAUGAACUCUACGAUGUAUUUUGCAUAGAAAAAAUAUGGUGUAUGAAAGACAGCUCUUUCGUGGGAAAAUUAGACAGCAAACUCAGAUUAAAUGCAUGUCAGUUUAUGACAAUAAACACGGUGAAAUAUGCAUUAAACAGCAUAUAUAUUUUAGCAAAUAACAUUAUAUAUAUAUAUAUUAAAUAGUGCUGCACAUAACAUUUUAAGUUUAGCUUUAAAAGCCUAGGGUAUAAGAUAACUCCAAAAGAUUGUGUAAUAAAUCAAUAUCUGGGUUGAUCCAAUACAGUAAUCCGAU